UAGUUUGAUACUAGCUCUCUCCGCUCGAUUUUCAUUCCAUGAUUCCAUUUCGUCGUGCUGAUUGCUAGUAAAGAGGAGCUUAUCUCUUUUUUUUUUACAUAAAAGUACAAUUCUUAAGAGGUUUAUUCAUUCAGCGUUUAAUUAUCACAUAAACUUUAUUUUGUUUCGCGUGUUAAUUACUAUUCAUCAAUUGCACGUUUUACUGAAGUCUCUGCAAUGCCAGUUUACUGAAAUAAACUUAAUAGUUAUAGCUUGAUAAAUUAAAUCAUUAUUCAUAUUAUUUUAAAAAAAUUAACACUUUUUUUGUAAAAAAUGACAAUGUCUAAAGCUGCGGUGGGCAUAGCCGUUGGUAUUGCUGGAUUAUUCGUUGGUUACUGCUUCUACUUUGAUAAAAAACGACGAAGUGAUCCAGAAUUCAAAAAUAAAUUACGCGAACGGAGAAAAGCUAAAAAACAAGCACAGAGAUCUGGCACGGUCAUUCCUGAUUUAAAAGAUCCCGAAGUCGUACAAAAGUUCUUCCUUCAACAAGUUCAGUUGGGCGAAGAGUUGCUUGCUAACGGUGACUUGGAGGGUGGAAUUGAGCAUUUGGCAAACGCUGUUGCUGUCUGCGGACAACCACAAGAACUCUUGAGAGUUUUACAGAAGACACUUCCUCCAGAAGUCUUUCAUUUACUGUUACAAAGAUUACCAUUGGUUGGACAGAGGCUCGUAUCACAAACUACGAUGGCUGAUGAAGAUGUUGAAUAAAUUAUUUUACAUACUAUUUGUCUUAUUUUAAACAACGAUAAAAAUGUUAAUUAAAAAACAGUAAUAUUAAAAAAAAAAAAAACUAUUGGUCUUUAAUUUGUAAAUUCAUUUUUGUUUAUUAACAAAUUGAUCAAUAACGAUCAAUAUACUAUAAAUUCUUUCUGCUACAUA